AUGCGAAGUGGGUUGAUGAUGAAACUGACUAUAUACAAAAGUUUCUCCAACGAUGUGCGAUUUCAAACAAUUUCUCCAACUGAACCUAGAAUGCCUUCAAGGAAUUCAUGUGCAUCUGCCGUUGGUCUUCAAACGGAAGCAGAAAUUCAGGAAUUCGAUUUGUGUGAUAUUUUGAGAAUAGAAGCCGCAGGGAACCAUGAAUUCUCUAUUGAGAAUGGAAGCAAUGUUAACUUGAAACCCUCAGGAUCUUUAUCCUCCUUGUACAAUGCAAAGUAA